AUGAUUUAGAACUUCAGGAAUCCCACGUGACGUCACCCGGGGGUGACGUGAUGCUUCUCUAAAUAGAACGUAUUGUAAUCUUUCCUCAGUCCAACGUGGUUUCUUCUGAGAGACUGCUUCACAUUUUCUACACUUGUUUGUUUUAUGACAAGUUGUGAUGAACUCAGACCAGGAAAGGCCGUUCAUUUGCAAUGCUCCUGGCUGUUCUCAGCGAUUUCCCACCGAAGACCAUCUGAUGAUACAUCGACACAAACAUGAGAUGACCCUUAAGUUUCCUUCCAUAAAGAACGACAACAUGUUAUCGGACCAGACGCCAACGCCAACACGCUUCCUGAAGAACUGUGAGGAGGUGGGCCUGUUCAGUGAGCUCGACUGCUCCAUUGAGCAGGAGUUUUGCAAGGCCCAGGAGGAAGAGGACUCAAAACAGAGGAUCUCUCUGCACGGCCAGGCAGGCCAAGGCCAACACCAGCAGGCCCACUCAAGAAUGGGCAACCAUGAUACCAGCAUAGUGAUCCAGCAGGCCCUCCCCUCUCCCCAGUCUAGUUCCGUCAUCACUCAGGCUCCAUCCACUAACAGGCAGAUUGGGCCUGUCCCUGGCUCUCUGUCCUCAUUGCUGCACCUACGAAACAGACAGAGACAGCCUCUGCCAGCCUCCAUGCCUGGAACGCUGCCAGACCCCACCAUGCCUGGCUCCUCUGCUGUGUUGAUGCCCAUGGAGAGACAAAUGUCCAUGGGUGCCAACAUGAUGGGUAUGCAAGGUCCCACCCACAGCAGCCCCUGUUCCUCCGCGCACAUUCCCUCCAUGCACUCAGAGGCCAAACUGAGGCUGAAGGCUGCACUUUCACACCACCCGGGUGCCAUCGCCAAUGGAAACAUGAACUCCAUGGGCCACAUGAUGGAGAUGAUGUCGUCGCGGCAAGAGCAAGGCACCCACCAUCACAUGCACUCGCACCCUCACCAGCACAUGCAAGCACCUCCCCACGCGUACCAGCACCACGGCCAUCACCACCACAGCCAGGGGCACGGCCAGGGCGGCCACCAUCACCCACAGGGACACAACCCCCAUCACAACUCCCACAAUGCCCACCUCCAUCCUGGACACCCACACCAGACCUCGCCACACCCUGCAAUGCACUCUGCUUCACAGAUGUCUCCAGCCACCCAGCAGAUGCAGCCCACGCAGACGCUGCAGUCCCCGCCCCCUAGUGGUGGACGACGCAGGAGGGUAGUGGACGAAGACCCGGACGAACGUCGGCGGAAGUUUCUGGAACGAAACCGAGCGGCAGCGACACGAUGCAGACAGAAGAGGAAAGUGUGGGUGAUGUCGUUAGAGAAGAAAGCAGAAGAACUCACGCAGACCAACAUGCAGCUUCAGAAUGAAGUGACAAUGCUAAAGAACGAGGUGACCCAGCUCAAGCAGCUCCUCCUCACACACAAGGACUGUCCCAUCACCACUAUGCAAAAAGAGUCCCAAGGUUACCUCAGUCCAGAGAGCAGUCCAGCAGGAAGUCCAUCUCCAGCUUGCACGCAACAGCAGGUCAUUCAGCACAACACCAUCACCACCUCCACCACAACUGUAGGGGGCAGCAGUGUGCGCGGACAGGCCAACAGCCGAACAGACAUUAACCCCAUCCACUAGGGAGCAAACAGACUGUAUAGCCCUGGUGGUCGACCCCCUUCCUCUGCUUGUUGAGGCUCCCCAUGCUGCACAUGUUGGUCCCCUCUGCCCCAUCAAGAAGAACCUCAAGGCCUCCAAGGCUGUUCUUUUUACAGUAGCCAUGGUAUGUAUUUUUAUAGAGCCUAUAACCUGCUCAUGUUUAUGUUUUUUUCUCACUCUUUUUUUUUUUUUUUUUUUUUUUUUUUACAAUUGCUAUUUUGACGUUGCUCAUGCAGUGUUUUUUUGUAGCGGUACAAAAUGGACCAAAGCGUUCAUGAAACAAGAGGGAAGAGACUGGAGAUGGUCAUCUUUUAAAGCGUCUCUAUUUCACCAGUGGACUUACUUAUGAGUCAAAGCAUUUCACGGAGACACCUAGUAUGUUUUCACAAGUGUUUAGUAGGAAAUUGUACAAAAAAAUAGGCACUGUGCAGUAGAACCUUUUAAGGUUUUUAAGGUUUCAUUUUUUCCCAUUGGAAAUAACAAUAAUACAGUGCAAACUAUGACCAUCAUAACACCUUUAUUAACUGCACAGGAAACGUUAGAAUUAACAUUUUAACAUUCUAAACUACUUCAAAAUUCUGUCAUCCAAGUUUAUUAAUUGUUAAUUCAUAGUACCUACAGUAUAUCAUCAAAGGUAAACAUUCUUUAUGGUCGUAAAGGUUUAUAAAAGCAGGUCACUUCUUUAGCCAUAUUGUACUGAGCAGCCAGGGCACAGGUGUGUAUCGCCCUCCUAUGCUACAGUAGGCGCUAUUUCUGUUUCUAUGGCACUGGUACCCUUCUGUGAUAACAUUAAAAAAAAGCCAAAGAAAAAGCCAAACACCUAUGCAGUUAAUCCUGACCUGAAAAGUUGUACCUACAAACACGAUUUGUAGUUUUUGUGGGACUUUACAAGGUUCCGCUGCAUUCCACCCACACUGGACUAUAGUCCAACUUCAAACAUAUAUUUUGCUGUGAACUUGGUUAGGGUGAGUGGUUAGAGCAUAUCAUGCUAUAUAAAUAAUCAUUAUAAAGAAAUAACUUUUAAAAAUGAAGUAGUGACGUGCGUUACUUCAGAUUCAUUUUUGUACAAAAUCCUACUAAAUUCUUUUGACAGCCGACUUGGACAGCAUGUCAGGUACAGUUAGGUCCAGAUGUAUGUGGACAAUGAUAGAGUUUUUAUGACUGCCUUUAUACGUCACCACAGUGGAUUUGAAUUCAAUCAAAAUGCGAUCGAGUUGCACACUUCAAGCUUCAAUUGACGGAGUUUUAACAUAAUAUGGCGUGUGUGUAUAUUUGCUUUUUAGUGGUGUGAUCUUAAACCAAUAGAGCCUGCCUGUCACUUCAUGUAUGUGUGAGUGACAGGAAGAAAAGACUGGCUCGGGGAGACGUCGGUUGGCGCCGCCUGUUGGUUUGUACAAAUCUCGAGAAUCCAAAUAUAAGACAACCUGUCUUUUUCUAGACUCGUUUUGUAUCCGGGCCAAUACGUACUUUGAGUGACGUGUGGUGAGGUUGAUGGCCAAUGAGCCACUGGUUUACAUGUGCGCCCCCUUCAGGUGCUGCAGGGUACUGUGCCUCAGCAAUAAUAAUGAUGUCAUUCUUACAUGAAAUACAUUACACAUGCUGUAGAAAGUAAAGGUGUAUCAUAAAUCUUUCCGCAAACGUUAUACAGUGGUACCUUCGUUUUGGUUUGUAAUUUCCAAAAGGUUUACAAAACCUGAAACGUAUGAAAACCGAGGCAAUUUUCUCCAUAGGAAAUAAUAUAAAUCCAAUACUUCGUUCCAAACACCCAAAAAUAUUUACAAAAAAUAAAUGUUAUCAACAACAAUUGUAGUUUUACAUACAGAAAACAAUGUGAAAUAAAUAUAAAUGGUGAAUGAAUGUUACUUAUUGUUGAUGCGGACUUCCUGUACAUCCUGGCAAGGUCAAAUUCAAUAGUGUUUCUCACCUUCUUUAUCAAAUUGCAGGCACUCGCAAAUUUCUUUGGCCUCAUGCCGUAUUAUUUAGCAGUCACACUCAAUCAGGUAUUAUAAUGUACAUGGCAAACGAACUACCGUAAAUUCCGCACUACCCGGCGGUGGGUAGAAGCAUGAUAUAAAGCAGGUGGAGCCACCUGACGUGGCCCAGGAAGGUGCACUGUGGUCGGACACACUCUACCAGAGCCCCGGUGUGCCGCCAUGUUCUCAUGCCAGAAUACCUGAAGCAAGUGUCACUUCUUCAGACGUUUGCUCAACAUUACUGAGGAUAUAACUACAUCUACUGGUCACAUUUGGUAUUACAGUUCACUGCAUGGACCUCACGUGUUCUCCAUGUUGAGGGCGCUGCUCCGAAGCACACGAGAUAUCGCGAGACAAGAACGUGACCACAUAUUAGCCGCAUCAUUCUAUAAACAGCAGGGUUGAAGGCAUGAAAAAAAGUAGCAUCUUAUACACCGGAAAUUACGGUACAUUGUUACGUGCAAUACUGAACGAAAACCCAGACAGUAUACGAAAACCAAGGCAAACUUUUGGGGCGUAUGAGAACAGAGGUUUGACUGUAUUGGCGACACGCUUCCAAAAAGAAACGGACACGUGCCACGCAAAACGCUGCUGCCUCACCCGUGGUUUUUUCGUCCUAUAUUAGAUUGGAAAAUGUGCAAAUUCAACAUAGAUCCAGCAUAAAAUGGCCAUGCUUUGUCAAACCUCCUCAGUUAAAGCUGAAAGUCACAUCUUGAUGAUUUCAUUUUAAAUCCAUUGUGACGAUGGCGUGCAAAGGCAACAAUCACACAAACACUCUCGUUGUGUUCGCAGAAUCAGCGUCUUAACCCGGUUUUUCAUCUCCUCCUUGGACCAAGUGAAGUUUAAAGUUGGAUGUUAGAUGGAAAUACAGUAUGUAACACAACAGAGACCCGUGAGACUAUUAUCAUCAUUGCUGAAAGGAAAGCAAUAGAAAUAUAAUGUAUGAACACUGUGAUAAGCAGCAAGGCAGCUUCAUUCGGAGUCUCAAACAUCUCACCACCUCAAGCUUUAACAUGUCUCUCAUAUGACUUGCAUCUUCUUUUUUUGUCUGCCCCGCAAAGUUUAGAACUCAAAGAGGUGUGUGUGUGCGUGUGCGUGACGAUGAUUCUUCCCAUAACUAGUAUGGUUUCCUAUUUCUAAGCCAGUGCUUUCCAAAAUGUCACAAUGUGCCUCAGCUUCCAACAUUCAUAUCCAUUUCCUUCUCAGUACGCUAUUGAUCCUUUUGCCUCUUAUUGGCUUUUGUCUUGGAUUUCUCACCUUGUGACCUCCUGCCAGCAUCUUGAUGAAUCCAUCUUUCUCAGGCCUCUUCUGUUUUUAACAGGAUGGCGACAUACUGUAUGCGCUCCCUCCUAGGAAACGGGAUCUUUUUCCCCACUUUCUGAGCAGGAAUGCUUAAAGCUUAAAGCACUGUGUUGUACGUCACACAGCUGUCUAUGCACUUUGUCCUCUGCGGUGCCAGAGGCUACAAUAGCCAUAUUCCAAAAGCUGUCAUUCUCAGCGGAUCCCUCUUCCCCUACGGAAUACACCAGCGAGAAUGUGUCACGAGAACAUCCAUUGUUUUAACACUUGAAAUAUUCCCCGUCAUGUCAGUUGAAGGGUGUUUGCGUCAAAAUUCCUCUGUUACUCACUCUUGUAUCGAAGUUUUACAGCAGCUUACACACUGCAAAAAGUGCAAAUCGAAUCAAAAUGCCUGAAAUCAAGGUAAAGAAAUGUUCAUUUUGGCUAAAAGGUUUUUCUUACGAGUCACUUUACUCCUAGACCAGUGAUGUGUGUACUGAAACCUGACUUAUAUUACCUAAAGUGCCAAAAUCUAGACAGCAGGUGUGUGUUUAAUGCUAAUGAGCUGUUUGUCCAUGAGUGUGUGUCUCCAAGAAGUGCUAUUGUGUACUUGAUACACUUUUUACAUACAGUAUAUCGUAAUCCCUCUUUUAUUGCAGUCAGCUCGUUCCACACCUGACCGUGAUAAGUGAAUUUCCACAAAGUGGCAUUCCUUAUUUAUAAAUCUAAUAUUUUCGUAGUAGAGCAUAGAAAUCCUGUUUACAACCUUCUAAAAACGGGCUUUAACAUUAUUUCAGCCCUCUAGACAUGAAAUAACACCCCUACAGUCACAUUCAUUAGUAUUACCCAAUAUAGUAGAUAUAAUCCGAGAAACAUAAAUAGACAUAAAUACAACUCGUGCUCGUGUUGCAAUAGUUCUCGAUGUGUGGAGGACAGGGAGUAAUGUCAGGGUUCAAAGAUGAGUUUUGGUUGCUUGGCACGUGUAGACUACUACAUAUCACAAUUUGAAUGUGUCUUCUAAAUGCCUUAUAUUUGUAUUGUAGUUCAUUUAGCUGUUUUUAUUUAGCUUGAAAGUGCUUCAUUUAGGCAAAAAUAUAUGUCAAAUUUGCUUAAAUGUGCAUUUUUUUCGACAGGUCGUAUUCAACCACAAAACAGUGUGAUUUAUGAAUUUAUAUCUUUUUGAAAAACCGUGACAGAGUGAAGCCACGAAAGCCGAACUGCGAUGUGGCGAGGGACGACUGUACACUGUAAGUCUGCGCUUGCCCAACGUAAUAGGUGCCAUAUAUCGCAUACAACAACAACAACAACAAACAUAAGCAACACUAGCGUAGCCAUGUGAGCUACAGCGCUAACUUUCCCGACACAUUUCGACAGCAUCAUGCUAGGUUAGCCUAUUGGCUGAAGAAAAAUCAAAUGAAUUUACAGCUCCCACAUCUAUAGCUGACUGGCAGACAUUUGGCAGAACUCCAGGCUUUAUUUUAAGAUGUGUAGCGAAGCCUUUUAUAUUAUAUAUUACUUAAAAUAUAUUGCUUAGCAUGCAAUAUGUUAUAGUAAGAAAAACAGCUUGUUAGGCCAAAAAUAAGUGUUUUUACCUUGAUUUCAGGUGGGCGAUGUUGCUUAGCUUUCUGUUUUUACAGUGUUAAGUCUUAACCUUUGCAUUAGUGUGGGGGUGUCCAGCCUUUUUCCACACAAAUGCAGACAAGUUAAAGGACGCACUUUGAUAUGCUGAAACCUAUUUAGACCCACGUGACAAAGCAAAUAGUUACGACAGCGUAUUCGGGCCACAUUGAAAAAAAAAAACGUCGGAGAUUUCGAGAAUAAAGUCGUACAUUUGCGAGAAUAAAGUUGUAAAUUGACAAGAAACAAAGUUGUAAAUUUAAGAGAAAAAAGUCGUAAAUUUACGGGAAAUAAAAGCGUAAUGUUACGUGUCGGAGGGAAAAUAGAGCACAGCUCUUCAGGAAGGAAGGAAACUCUCCUCUAGCUUCAGGCAAGCUUUUAUUGAUAACGUGGCAGCAAAACAGAGCAGUUGAACACAAACAUAUUAGCACGUCUAGCCCUUCUCACUUCCGCCUUCCUUACCCCACCCCCUCCACAUGCCCAAGGCCAAAGGUCACAGUGCCCCCUUUUCGUAGCCGUCUCAGGCUAAGCCGGUAACUUAGUUACAAGAUUGUUCUCGUAAAUUUACGACUUUAUUCUCGAAAAUGUAUGACUUUAUUCUUGUAAAUUUAGGACUUUAUUCUCGAAAUCUCCGAUUAUUUUAAUACUCCGUCGUAACAGGCCUGCCUGAGACAGCUAUGAAAAGGGGGGACUUAUGUGACCUUUGGCCUUGGGCAAAGGUAAAAUUACGACUAUUUUUCUCGUAAAUUUACGACUUUAUUCUCGAAAUCUCCGUUUUUUUUUCCCCCAAUGUGGCCUGAAUACUCCGUCGUAAAAAGACUAACAUCAUAUCUUGUCUUUGUUGUUGUAACUUUGUAUGUUUUUUCAGCCUAAUCCUCUUGGCUAUGUUUCAUUUCAUUUUUUUAAAUAUGCUGCCUGCCGCAAAUGGCCCCUGGCCCACAAAUGGCCCCUGGGCCGCACUUUGGACACCCCUUCAUUAGUGUGUGGACGAAUGUGUUCUCCUCAAAAAGGGCUUUAUUCCACCUUUUGAAACCACACCUUGUAUUAUUAGACAAAAUGUCACAUCAAAUCAUUUCAGUUGGACUCAGUAGGAGGACGUCACUGUUGUGACAAAAAUUGCAGAUUUCAGGAAAAUUAAUAUUUGUUGCUUUAUAUGGAGGAAAGUUUUGUGUAUGAGAAUAAUUCCUACACAUUAAAACUUUAUUAAAUGUAAUAAAUGUUGUACAUAACGCCCUGAAUUUCUAUAAUCAUGUACAUGUAAAGCAACCACCUCUCUUGUUGGAGGGAAACACGUGUGUACAUAAUGUUUGCAUAGUAGCACUUGCCUUUUGUCUACGUGGAGGCUCAUUUCAACGCAUAAAUACAUUGUUUGUAUAUCAUCAACUGAUCCUUGCCUGCAUAACUUUGUACAUUUUUUUUGUCCCCCAUUUUUGUUAUUUGCAUUUGUACAGAUGUUCAACAUUAUCGCUGCAGUUACAUUAUGGU